UGCUUUGACCGUAAAAAUGCUCAACGGCAGUAAAUGACACAAGCUUCAGCGGGAAACUGCUUGGCGGUUAUUCGAUACACGCUUCGUAGCUCCGUCACUUGACGUAAUAUCACUGAUUACCAGUGGUAAAUAAAGACUUUUACUGUCAUCUUGUUGUAGCUCCCCGCGAGGAGAGAGACGAAUCAAGAUAAUAUGGCUUCACUUUUUCCACAAAACCGAGGACUUCAGACAGAUGAGGAUGAGACCAGAAUCCUAAAAGUGAAGGUUGUUGCUGGGAUUGGGCUGGCUAAGAAAGACAUACUUGGAGCCAGUGAUCCAUAUACUAGACUGUCCCUCUAUGACCCUGUCAAUGGAGAAAUAACAAGUCUUCAGACAAAAACAAUAAAAAAGACACUGGAUCCCAAAUGGAAUGAAGAAUUCUUUUUUAAAGUGAACCCCAGAAAGCAUCGCUUGCUUCUUGAGGUUUUUGAUGAAAACCGUCUGACACGUGAUGACUUUCUGGGGCAGGUGGAUUUGCCUUUACAUCAGAUACCGACAGAAAAUCCUAAUUCUGAAAGGCCAUACACAUUCAAGGAUUUUCUGCUUCACCCACGCAGCCACAAGUCCAGAGUCAAGGGUCAUCUGCGCCUAAAGAUGACCUAUGUGCCAAAAAACCCCGGGGCAGAGGAGGACGUAGCUGAUCAGGCAGAGGACACUGAUCCUGGUUGGGAGUCUAUAGAAACUCAGGAAAUGUCAGGUCCCAGACAAAACCAGCAGCCACCUGCUCUGCCCCCUGGCUGGGAGGAACGGCAGGACAACCUGGGAAGGACUUACUAUGUCAACCACGAAACCAGAACCACACAAUGGCUCCGGCCCACAAUGCAAAAUGAUAAUGUGUCGACACAAGGACAACAGAACAGUAAUGUGGGGGCGGAGCUUGCCUUUAACACCCGCAGGCAAAUCUCAGACGAUGAUGAUGUCACUCGAGAAUCUCUUGAGAGUUGGGAGAUCAUUGCAGACGAUGAGUCCACAUUAAACAACAGCACCCUCUUGGUGGGCUCUCCUCCACCUGAUGCAUUUCUGGACUGUCAGACAAACUCCAAUGAUCGGAGAAACAUUCAGGUUUCAGGGCACACUGGUAGCCAGCGGCGCUCACACCACACGGAUCAUGCAAGUAAUUCAAGCCAUUCCAGUCUCAGAGAGUCUCUAAGUACCCGGUCAUCAUCAACAGAGGAACAUCCUGUUAAUCCUGUUUUGCUUCCAACAUCAGCUGGAUUGCCUCCAGGCUGGGAGGAGAAGCAGGACAGCAAAGGAAGACGCUACUAUAUCAACCACCUCAGCAGAUCCACGACAUGGAUAAGACCCCUUCCUCAGGUAGCUUCAGAGUCCUCAGCACCGAGUGUUCCCCCCCAGAGCUCCACAUUCGUCCAGCCACCUAGGUCCCCUGAGGAACCUCUCCAGCACACACCAGGCUCAGAGGCCACAGGUGAUUCUGGAUUCUUGCCGGCUGGUUGGGAGGUUCGCAGUGCUCCAAAUGGAAGACCUUUUUUCAUUGAUCACAACACAAAGACAACUACCUGGGAAGAUCCCAGGUUAAAAGUACCUGUGCAAAUGAGGAGGGCAAAAUCUCUUGAUCCAUCUGAUCUUGGUCCACUGCCACCUGGUUGGGAGGAAAGGGUCCACACUGAUGGAAGAGUAUUCUACAUAGAUCACAACACCAGGACCACACAAUGGGAUGAUCCCAGAUUACAGAACUCUGCUAUAACUGGACCAGCAGUACCUUACUCCAGAGAUUAUAAACAGAAGUAUGAGUACUUCCGGAAGAAGCUGAAGAAACCAGUUGAUAUCCCUAACCGCUUUGAGAUGAAGCUGAGAAGAAACACUGUGUUGGAGGACUCCUACAGACGCAUCCUCUCCGUUAAGAAGCCAGACCUCCUGAAGGCACGACUGUGGGUGGAGUUUGAGGGAGAAAAGGGCCUGGACUAUGGAGGUGUGGCCAGAGAGUGGUUCUUCCUCAUGUCUAAGGAGAUGUUCAACCCAUACUAUGGAUUGUUUGAAUAUUCUGCCACUGACAACUACACGCUGCAGAUUAAUCCCAACUCAGGUUUAUGUAAUGAAGACCAUCUGACUUACUUUAAGUUCAUAGGCCGUGUUGCUGGCAUGGCUGUGUAUCACGGCAAGCUGCUUGAUGCUUUCUUCAUUCGGCCUUUCUACAAGAUGAUGCUGCAGAAGGCUAUUAUUCUCCAAGACAUGGAGUCUGUCGACAGUGAGUACUUCAACUCUUUGAAUUGGAUUUUGGACAAUGACCCAACAGACUUGGAUUUGAGGUUCACCAUUGACGAGGAGCUGUUUGGACAGACUCACCAGCAUGAUCUGAAGCCUGGCGGUGCAGAGAUUGUUGUCACUAAUGAAAACAAGAAGGAAUACAUCCACCUUGUUAUACAGUGGAGGUUUGUGAACAGGAUACGGAAGCAGAUGUCUGCCUUCAAGGAGGGUUUCUUUGAGUUGAUACCAAAAGAUCUUAUCAAGAUCUUUGACGAAAAUGAGCUUGAGCUGCUCAUGUGUGGUCUGGGUGAUGUGGAUGUGAAUGACUGGCGAAAGAACACAAAGUAUAAGAAUGCCUACUGUCCCAACCACGUGGUUAUUCAGUGGUUUUGGAAAGCGGUGCUGUUGAUGGACGCAGAAAAGAGGAUUCGGCUCUUACAGUUUGUGACUGGAACAUCCAGGGUCCCAAUGAAUGGCUUUGGUGAACUCUAUGGGUCGAAUGGCCCUCAGCUGUUCACCAUCGAGCAGUGGGGCACACGUGAUAAACUGCCCCGAGCCCACACAUGCUUCAAUCGACUGGACCUCCCUCCUUAUGAGUCCUUUGAAGAAUUGAGGGAGAAACUUCACAUCGCCAUUGAGAAUGCACAAGGCUUUGAUGGCGUGGAUUAACAUGGGUACGGUAAACUUCUUUAGUGCCAUCGAGCCAAGUCACACGAUGAGAAUGGAGCUGAUGAGAGGAGAAGCUCUACAUUAGACACGGGUCUUAACCAGCCAGCUGUGUUACCAAUGAAGGACACUUGUCUUCACUUUGGUCAUUCUUUUUGGCACAGAGACAACAUUAAAUCUGGAGUCACAAGAAUAUUUACUCCACUUGUUCUCAGAUAUACCAUUCAGGUUUUCUUCAGCCUUAAAGUUGAUAGUAUAUUGUAAUUCAGUCAUUUAUCCUCAUGUUCCAUUAAACAUUAAAGAUAUAGUAUAUAUAACUUGCAUCUAAUUUUCAAAUAAUAUCUUUGUCAUUUAGACUGAUUUCAUAUAUCAUGCAAUUGUCUCUGCUUGUUACAGUUGAUGUGGUUCAAAAUACUCAGUGACACUAUGAGUGAAGUCAUAGUUAUUAAUGAUUUACAUCUCUUUAAGUGUAGUUCUUCAUCCAAAAUUAGUACUGUUCAAUUCCAUAUUAAACAGACAUUAAUGCAGUAUUGUCUCAUCUGGACAAUUUUGCAGCAAAGUGUUGUUAAGAGAGAUGAGAACGAAAAGAUGAAUGUAUUAAAGGGUUGCUGUUGCAGAGUACAUGAAAUUUUAAAUGUCAAAAAGAGAAGACUUAACCAGAAAUUUAACCUAAGUAAAAGGUGAAACAUAUUUCUUUCCCUGUUUUAUCUGUUUUACAUUUUUGACGUUGUAGAAUUUUCCAUUCCAGGAUAAUAGAAAGUGAUGCAGAAAAGUGCAAAUUCGUGCACCUCACAAGCUUUUAUGAGAAAAUGUGAACAUUAUACAUAGGACUGAGUGACUAUGCUUAAUAAAUUAGUGCCACUGUGUUGAUUAAUCACUAUAGCAGUGAUGUACCAGCAGCAGGACUAGUGAAUGACUCAGCUAAUUAUAUGUUGCUCAAAUCUGUGUAGUCUGCAGAUCCAGAAAAGUGACAACAUACGAUGUUGGAUAUGUUAAAAUCAUUUACUUAGAUUUUUUUUUUUUUCUUGAUCAGUAAUUUAUAAAUGUAACAUUUUUACAUAUAUCACAUUAGCUUCUGCAAAAUGAUGUUUGUUGUAACUCAAAGUUGACAUAUUGGCAAGGUGGGGGAGACGUAGUUAUCAAUACACCUGCAUAGCAUGGAUCCUUUUGUCAUUUUUUUUUUAACAUCAAUAAAUGUUUAGACAAUAUUGGAUAGUAUCUUGCAGAAACAUGAGCAGAAAGACUUGAUUGUGCAGUUUUGCAUAUAGAAUAUUAGCGAUUGUUGUCUUAGGAGUGAUUUUUUUUUUCUUCUACUCGUCUUGGGUGUCUAAUUGAAGCACAGUGCUCGAUUUUUAAGAGUACACUUUUAAAAUGGUUCACAUUGGUUGUCACAUUGUGUACACGUUCUUUUUUUCUUCAACAUGAAUAAUCACCUGUAAUCUUUGUAGGAGCUUAACUGUACUUAAACAUAAGGUUUUUAACCAUUUAUUUUUUAAAUAGUCAAAUAUAUGUUUACACUGCCUGCCAUGUUUACAGGUUGUUGAUAAAGGAAAAUGGUAUGGGCUGGUUCUUUUCUCUGACAACACAGUUUUAUACUUAACGCUUUUAUAAAGUGAAGCACUUUGAUAUUAUUGGUGAGUCUUACUUCUAAACUGUCUGAAUCUUUGCCAAUUUGUCAAACACAGACUGCUUAAAUGGCUUUUUCAGAAACUAACUAUGCUUUAAGUGCACAUGUAUUUAAGUGUUUACACAAGAACAUUACUGAAAAAAGCACUCACUGAUUUUUACAUAACGAGGCCUUCAUUUCUAAUGUAGAGUAUGAAUGUUUAGUGGUGUUCUAAUCUCUUAAUGAAAGUACUGUUAUCUAUUGAAGACUAAUGCAUAGAUCAACAUGUAAUUUGUGAUCAGAUUUUAUUAUUGUACAAUGUAAUAACAUACUGUUAAUAACAUGUGCAACACAUAAAGGGUAUGAUGAACUGUGGCUGUUAAAUCUUAGUGUGAUGUUUAACAGCUCUCUAAAUUCCAUCUCAAUCCAAAUUUGAAAAAUAAAGCAAUGUGAAUAUAAUCAC